CUCUUUGUAAUAUUGAACAUUUUUACCAUUGUUGCUAUGCACCUGCCUAUGCAUAUAGUCCACUGCAGGCUUUGCUUUUGGGGUAAGUUGUCACAAUUCAGAACUAUACAGUAGUUUCCUGAUGCUAAUUUGAUCUUGAGUUAAAAAAUCCUGUGAAUAAAGUUCACAUUUAUAAAUAUUAAUUAAUUGACCUGUGCCCUAUAAUCUAUGGAAAAGUGUUCACUUAAUGGAAGCAUGGCAUUUACAAAGAAUAUUAAAGAUCAAACACAAAAUCAUUGUAGUCAAUAGAUAUAGUAGACUACUACCGAAUUAAAACCUUUUCAUUAUUAUAACUUCCCAAUUUUCGGGCCUAUCAGAUAGCAAAUUCACUUAUUACAUUUCAUUGAUGGUGUCUGAGCUCAUGUAAGGCAAAUAUAUAUCACUGACAUCGACAGUACAUUGAACAAAUUGAUUUUUGUUUACUUGUAUUGUGUUGUGUGUUUGACAUUAUUUGCCCUCGUUAUUUGCCUUAAAACAACUUUUACUUCUGGUUACAAAAAAUAGAUAAGCGUUCCCAAACAGCCUACUUCCAUUCUAAGUGAAAAUCAGCAAGUGUCAGAAUUCACAGUAUUCAAAAAACAGGAAAAAAAGAACCCGGAUGACCCACUACUUCCAGCUAGAUUUUUAAGUGUACAUUUUAUGUUUACUAUCUCAUGAGCACGCGAGACCCGAGGAGCCCCUAAAUUCAAAAAUGUGAAUAUAAUAAAAAUGUCAGAAAUCUAGGUAUCAAGAAAUGUCCUCCUUUACACAUAAGUAAAUCAUGGUUGCAGUUAUUUUUUUAGCCAUUUCUUCGGUAAAUGCAUUUAUAUUAUUUCAAAUAAGAGAUACAUUUAUUGUUUUUGUGUAUUAACAAAUACACUGUAAAAAAAAUCCGUAGAAAUUGCAGCUGGGUUGCCGGUAAUUUACCGUAAAUUUAAAUUUAUGUUUUUUACUGGCAACAUUUUGUUCAAAGUUAAAUGAACAUUAAACAUUUACAAAAUCUUUACAGAGUAAAACUAAAAAAAACAGCACCAAGCAAAACAUUCUGGGAAACAAAAUCUGAAGCAAAAAACAGAAAAAGGUUGAUGAUGAUUUCUGGUUCCCAGAAUGCUUUGCAUGAGGCUGUUAUUGUAUAGUUUUAUUCUGUAAAGAUAAAAACUAUAUAUUAGUAUUUAAAAAUUAUUUAACUUUGAACAAACUCUUGUCAGUAAAUAACAUAAAUGUUAAUCUACAGUAAAUUACCGGCAACCCAGCUGCAAUAUCAUUGUAAUUUCUACGGAAUUUUUUUACAGUGUAGUAUUUUAUAAUUUUUCUUUAAAUGGAAAGAUGAGUUGUAAAAACUUUUUUUACAGAUGUGCUUAACCAGAAAACAUGCAAACUAUAGCCAACACAAGCUAACCUUGAAUAAAAAAAAAAAACAAUUACUAUGAUGCUUAGUCCACAGUAUAUUGGAUGUCUUUGCAAACAUACUUUAUAUUUUUAAAGGGAAACAUUGUCAUGCAUUACAAACUCUGAUGAUUUUCGGAGUGAAAGUGUUUAAUAACAGAUCUAUGUGUGCUUUUAUCAUACCAAAGUUUUACCUUACUUACCUUUUUUUAUUAUAUUUAAAUAAUUAUACAAUGUGUAGCAUCAUUGUAUAAUAGAUGUUUGCUAAUGCGUAUCCCAACUAAAUAAUGAAAAGGAGGAGAAAACUCACCUGUCCAAAAAUCAUGUCACCUUCAGGCACAUUAAACAUUGUCUAUGCUAGAAAUUUUUCUCAGCAAUAAAACAAUGAUUAUUGCAAAGGGUGACAUUCUUUGUUCAUGAAGUAAAGAGUUUUGAAUAUUGCAUGUUAUUCAUGUUGAAUGUUAUUUAGUACUGGCACUCGAAACAUUUGUAAAGGGAUUUUUUUUAUAAACAGUUCCUUCAUGAAGUGAGCUUAUUUGGAACACGUGAGCAAAAAAUUUACCAAUGAAGCCCACCAGACUUUUGACUUUAUUCAUAAAAUAAAGUUCUAAUUAAUACACUUUCAAAUAAGAGAUAAAAUUAGUACUAAUUUUUUUCUUAUAACCUAUGUUAAAGGCAGGGUGCAUGAUUUUUGAAAAACACUUUGGAAAAGGGGGUCGGGUUGAGUACCAAAACAAACUUUAGCCAAUGGGGCAUGUCUACUAACCAACAUCGUUGCGGGUCUAUCAAAAGAAGGUCCAGAUUCUAUUGGGGUAGGGGCGUGUUUGUUUAGGUGAUUUUAAAUGUCAACAUUGGCUUUCAGAGAUCAUGCACCCUGCCUUUAAUAUCUAUAAAAAAAACACUGAUCGCUCAUUUAGACCAUAUGGUGGCGCUGUCACUUUCAGAGUGUAGUUUAUAGAUGAAAAUUCUAUGAGCCAAUCAGAAAGCAGGUUUAAUUUUAAAAGACAGCAGGACUUCUCACAAAUAAACCAAACAUAAUUUUUUAUCUUUAUUAAAAUAAUAUUAUUGUAGGCUACCUAUCUUCAAGACUAAAGACAUUAAAGUUCAAGUUAUUCACACUUAAAUGUAUAGUAAAAAAAAUUAAACAACAGGUUAAAUGCAUGUAUCUAUUGGAUAGUGUUAAGCUGUUUGUUUUAAUAAUUUUAAUAAUACUGUUGAUUAAAAUAUUUACAUUUGCCAUAUGUAGUAUUAGCACCAUUGUAUGAGCUAGAACUUAUAUAAAGACAGUAAACACUUUUCAAAGCAGUUAUCCUAACUUUCAAAACCAGAAUUGCUUAAAUUGAAUGGAUUGUCUCAUGUGCACACAUCUGUUUCAACAUUCUUUACAAUACAAACAACUUGUACUGCAUAACAAACUAUUAUCCAUGCUGUUCUUCCAUUGUUUUAUUCCAUUUCAAAGAUCGUCUGAAAAGGGCAAAUCAUCACUAUAAUAAGCUGCUGCGUUGUCAAUGUAACUUAAGCUCGUAGAAGUGACAGUGACCCCAGUCAAUGGACUUGAACACACCGCAGACUUUUUUUAGAGGACUGGGGAGAGUUUUUGUAUUAAGCAGGUCUUAAAAGUCCCCUUCUCUGACUCCCAUUUAGUUAAAAACAAAAAAAUAUGUUAAUUUGCAGCCAUGUUAAAGGUUUAUCAGUAGUUUUGAUUAUAUAUACAAAAAAACAUAAAUUAUAAUUGAUGCAGAGCAAAAUCACUAUAAGCAGCUCCUGUUCCCUCACCGGAUCAAAAUGUAUGCAUCGCAUAAAAAAAUGUAUGCAUCGCAUACUGAUACAGCAAGCUGUGCAUUGCAUUGGAUAAUACAUGCAUUUUACGGGCCUAUUCUUGUUUUUUUACAAUUAACACCUGCUGAUGAGGUGCUAGAGGACGCGCCUACGUCUCCUUUGAACUCAACCAUGGCUGAAGUGUUAUUGUGGAGCUCGUCUGGGCUGGCGUCUCUGUUCUUGCCACCCGUCUUCCACGACCACAUUUCUUCCUUAACCCUUAUCGUUUUUAUUGAACGGACAUAAAUAACUUGCAUUACUGACAUGAAUAAAACUAAUGAAGUAAACUGAUAAAGACUUUAGCACCUUUAAACGCCAAUAAUUGGUUUAAUUAACUUUGUGUUGCGCAGGAAAACACAUAAACUUGCCCAUUCACAGCCUGUAUAUAGUAUUUAAUCAAUGUAUAAAAACUUAUCUUAAUCACAAAACAAGGCGAAAUGUUUAACAAAGCAUGCGCUAAUGAGCUGCACGUGAGCUUCCGUGUGACUCGUCAAAAUGGAUCAUCUGUGCAGCAAGUGUUUGUGCCUUGGAUCUCAACAAGAAGGGAACAUUGAAGAAUCAGGGGUCGCUCACGCAGCAAUGAACCCUUGCCAGCUUUUUGCAUCGUUGGUGAUGUCUAUGUGCUGUCACAUAUUGUCGACAACAGCAUGGUACAGUAUUUUUUACAGAAUAGAAAAAAACAUUUGUUAUUAUCAGUCACUGAUAUAUUUCCUAAAUUACAAAAAAUAUUUGCUAACGUCUUUUUUCUUCUUGUUUUCUAGGUCAGUAAAUAACUUCCUCAUGACAGGACCAAAGGCUUAUCUUACAUACACAAGCAGUGUGCAGGCAGGCGCACAAAGCGGUAUUGAGGAAUGUAAACAUCAGUUUGCAUGGGACAGGUGGAACUGUCCGGAAAGCGCACUCCAGUUAUCCACACACAAGGGUCUAAGGAUUGCCACCAGAGAAACCGCUUUUGUGCAUGCCAUAAGUGCUGCUGGGGUCAUGUACACCUUAACCAAAAAUUGCAGCAUGGGAGACUUCGAUAACUGUGGCUGUGACGACUCCAAGGUUGGAAAAAUUGGUGGUCGUGGUUGGGUUUGGGGAGGCUGUAGUGACAAUGUUGACUUUGGAGAAAGAAUCGGCAAACAAUUUGUCGAUGCGCUGGAAAAUGGUCACGACUCUCGCGCUGCAGUAAAUCUGCACAACAACGAGGCUGGUAGACUGGCUGUCAAGGCAACACUCAAGAGAACCUGCAAGUGCCAUGGUGUGUCUGGAAGCUGCAGUAUUCAGACAUGUUGGAUGCAGCUUGCUGACUUCAGGGAUAUCGGUACCUAUUUGAAAAUCAAGCAUGACCAAGCACGGAAACUUGAGAUGGACAAAAUAAGGAUGAGAGCAGGAAACAGUGCCGACAAUCGUGGCGCAAUCGCUGACACUUUCAGCUCUGUAGCGCGCACAGAGCUCAUUUAUAUGGAAGAUUCGCCAGACUACUGUACAAAGAACCAUAGCCUGGGACUGCAUGGGACAGAAGGACGCGAAUGUUUACAAAGCGGGAAAAAUCUUUCCCAGUGGGAAAAAAGAAGCUGCAGGAGGCUCUGCCAUGAAUGUGGUCUAAAAGUAGAAGAGAGAAAGAUAGAGACUGUGAGCAGUUGUAACUGCAAAUUCCACUGGUGUUGCACAGUCAAAUGCGACACAUGCACUCAGACUGUUACGAAGUAUUUUUGCGCAAAAAGGAAUAAAAGCCGUCGGCCGCACAACCAUUCACGCAGAAGGCAACACACGCGUAAUAGAUGACACUCAUAUUUUGCAUUUAUAUUUAGUUGUACAUUUGUAAUAUGUAAAUAUAUUUUAAAUUAUAUUUUAAGAUGUGCUGUUUUUCACUUAAAUUAUUCUGCACAUUGCUGACAGAAAAAAAAAUGUAAUUUCAUCCCCUACAAGGUCUUCCUCUCUCUCACUGUCAAUUGGAUGGUUCACAUACUUCUAAAUGUACGACUUUAUGUUCAUUAAAUGCACUUUUUCGUUCUUUACAUUAGAUCACAGAUUUUGUUACUGAAAUAUGUUUAAAGGAUGUUUUGAAUAUUUGCACCGAUAUUGUGUUUUAUUGAAGUUCGUUUGACAGUGUUUCACAAGGGGUUUGAAGUGUUAUGUUUUAUGGAACUUAUUUAAAGCAAUUAUUUUUUAAAC